AGUGCAUCCCGAGUGGCAACUGAUUGACAGUGUAUCCCUUGAAAUCGAUCUCAUCGAUAGAAAAAUUCAUAGUUUAAUUUUGUUUGCAAUUGUACGAUAAGAGCGCACACAAAUCGCAAAUAUGAAACAUCAACAGGUGGUUCCCGAUUAUGUUCACAUGCUACAAACCUCCGGCACGGUACUGUGUCUGGUCGUCUCCGGCUGGGUGCUGUUCCGGCUAGUCCAAGCAGUGUUCUGGCUUCCGGGUUAUCUGGAAAAGACUCAGGGAAAAUUGUAUGAACAUUUGGAAAUCAGAAGCGACAUGCGAACACAAUCAUUCAACACGAGGGAUUCCGUUGACGAAAAGACUGAUGCGGGGGCAGAGGGCGAGGGUAAUCCUCAAGGUGACCACCACGAGAACGAUGACGCUAGUGUUGAAUGCGGCAGUAAGAAAGACAAUUAAGGAGGUUCGGCUAGUUUUACAUCGCUCCCUUCAUUUCCACGACGCAUUUUGUCUUGUUUUCAACAAGUUUAUAUUUCUUUGCCUUGGUUGUCGUGUUGUGUUUUACGUUCAAGAAUAGUUUAAAGUCAAUAACAAUGUUUAAACGAAUCAUACUGCUAGAGUCGAGUUACUAAACCUAGUAAUACCUACCCACUAGAUCUGAGUUAAAACUAUAAGCGCACGACUCAGGGGCUGAGAGAACACAUUGUGUUCAAAAUUUUAAAUCGUUAACUGAGGAAAUGCAAUAAAAUCGAACAGUAAAAUUAGCUUAGAUUAAAUUACAUAGGUCUUAAAAUUUUCUAUCGUCUUGUUUUAGUUGUUGUAUUCUCCCUAAAUCUGACUAAAGUAAAUGAUUGCAGUGACA